GAUUCCUGGAACUAAAGAAUUCCACUACUUUAAUUCUUAGAAUAUGUGUUUACUGCUGAAAGUUACAUGUGCAUGACCUGUUUCAUCUACUGGUAUUCUACUUUGAUUAGUGAUAUGCAAAUUCAUUCAGAAGACAACUGUGUAGAUAAGCAAUGCCUAAACAAGAUGGAGAUUCUUUAAGAGGAACAAACGUUAUCUGUUGUUCAGAAAGUUCAAGCUGUAAACACAAAAAGUCAUUAAAUAAAUCAAAGAAUAUUAUUGGAAAACAUCAUUCUGAGCAUUCUUGCUUGUCUAAUGGUGUGACUGGUACACCUGAACAAGAUGGUUUACAGCACUGUGUGGUUGUGGUUGAAGAGAGCACUGAGGAAGAUUCAGAGCCAAGUCACUCGCGCACAAUUUCAUCUAGAAGUGUUGUUUCAGAAGACAUUUUUGAAGAAAUUGGACUGGAAGCUGAGACAGAUAUCUUAUCUGAAACUGUACAGCAUGACUACCAUGCACCAAUCAUUGGAUACGAAGUCAUGGAACAACGAGCUCGAUUCACUCUAAAGCUGCUUUUUCCUGGUCUUAGGUUUAGUUUGCCUCCAAAACGAUGGUUUGGUAAUAAUUUUGAUCCGACGUUUUUGGAGGACCGUUUACUUGGACUCGAGGCCUUUACUGUCAGCAUCAUGUCUCAUCCAGAAAUAAGUAAAUGCAAGCCAGUCCGAGAAUUUUUUUGUAUUGAUGAGCCACCUAGUCCCUAUGAAUCAAUGGAAGAAAGCAAACAUGGAGUCCGUCUGUCCUAUGCAGAAGGAAUAUUGACUAUAAUUCCAAAGUCACUACCUGUAUUUGAACAGAAUAUUGCAAGCUUUGUUUAG